UGUUUGGCUCACAAUGAUCAGAUACUGUUUCCUUCUCUGCUUGUUUGGUGGCUAUGCAAUUGGCCAGGCACCGCGUCGAGAUGCUGAAUAUCCUCCACCAGGACUCUUGAAAAUGGGGAAACAUUUCCAUGACAUUUGUGUGGAGAAGACAGGAGCCACUGAUGAGGCCAUCAAGGAGUUUAGCGAUGGUGAAAUCCAUGAGGAUGAAAAACUAAAAUGCUAUAUGAACUGUCUCUUUCAUGAGUUCGAUGUGGUUGAUGAUAAUGGUGAUGUUCAUUUGGAGAAACUUUUUAAUGCUGUGCCAGGAAAACUACGCGACAUUUUGAUGAAGAUGUCCGAGAACUGUAUACAUCCUGAAGGCGAUACACUGUGCCACAAGGCAUGGUGGUUCCAUCAGUGCUGGAAAAAGGCUGAUCCUGUUCAUUACUUCUUGGUUUGAAACAUUUCAUUUUAAAUGUAAUAAAAUUUUAGCUGUAAUUUCAAUAUGUAUUUAAGAAAAGCUUAUCAAUAAAUGGCUUGCAGAUAUGGUUUCGGUUCAGAAGUAAAAACAAA